AAUUUUUUUAUAUAUAUAUAUUUUUUUUGUGAUUUGAGUUGAGAUUUGAUGACCCAAUAAGGAAAAAUUGAUGAUUUUCAGAUUUCCAUGAAGAAAAGAAGAAGGAGGAAAAAGGGAAGAUAAGUUUUAAUCAUGGUUUUCUCCAAAGAUAAUAUGACAGGUAUUAUUUUGGCUCUGCUUUCAAGUGUGUUCAUAGGGGCAAGUUUUAUUAUUAAGAAGAAAGGCCUUAGAAGAGCUGCUGUAGUCUCUGGUGUUAGAGCUGGUGUUGGUGGGUAUUCAUAUCUUUUGGAGCCCCUCUGGUGGAUUGGAAUGAUCACAAUUUUGGAGUUUACUGUUAAUCAACUCUCUACCCUUUUGGUGCUACUGAUUUGUUUCAUGAUUUUCUCAAUGAUAGUCGGAGAGAUUGCAAAUUUUGUGGCAUAUGCUUUUGCUCCGGCGGUUCUAGUCACUCCUCUGGGUGCAUUGAGUAUAAUUGUCAGUGCUGUAUUGGCUCAGAUUAUUUUGAAGGAAAAGUUGCAUCCGCUUGGAAUUUUGGGUUGUGUGCUGUGCAUUAUUGGUUCUGUUGUUAUAGUUGUCCAUGCACCACAGGAGCAUCCUAUCUCUUCUGUCAAAGAAAUUUGGUAUAUGGCAACUCAGAAAGCAUUUUUGCUCUACAUGGGAUCGGUGAUUGUCUUGGUUUUCAUUCUUGUCUUCUACUUUGCUCCUCAAUGUGGACACUCAAAUGUUCUUGUUUUCACUGGAAUCUGCUCAUUGAUGGGUUCUCUCUCGGUUAUGAGUGUUAAAGCCCUCGGUACUUCACUGAAGUUAACUGUUGAGGGAAAGAACCAGCUGAUCUAUCCGGAAACCUGGGCUUUUAUGUUUAUUGUGGCAGUUUGUGUUGUUACACAAAUGAAUUAUCUCAAUAAGGCCCUUGAUACCUUCAAUACUGCCGUUGUCUCUCCUAUAUACUAUGUUAUGUUCACAACACUAACAAUCGUUGCCAGUGUCAUCAUGUUUAAGGACUGGGAUGGACAAAACAUUGGGAGCAUUACAUCAGAAAUAUGCGGAUUCAUCGUUGUGCUCUCUGGAACCAUCUUGUUGCAUGUAACCAAAGAUGUGGAAAGAAGUUCAUCCUUCAGAGGUAAUUACACACCUUCAUCCCCUUCGUUAUCAACACGACUAUGUAAUUCAAAUGGGGAAUCACAUAAGCAUGAAGAAGAACAUGAAUCGUACUCUGAGGAAGCCGAUUCUAGAAGACAGGAUCUCCAGGUUUAACAUGAUUGCUUUUAGAGAAGACCAAGACUCUUUUCUUAUUAUGUUCCACAAGGAACCAUGAUUCGCAGUUAGAAAUGUGAAGCAGACAACCAAUAAUCCAUCUGAAACCUUCAAAGCUGGUGCAAGCCUGCGACGCCUCAGUUUCGUUUUCUAUUGCAUCUGAUUUUUAGCAGCAAGGUAAGGAUUCCACAGGAUGUUAAAGAAAGAGUUGGUGGGAGUUGGAGAUAAUCAAAAGUUGUCGCGGACUGAAGCUAUACUGUUUGUUUAUAUAGUUAUAGGAGUUUCAAAUAUUGGUUUGUUGUACGUCAUUAAGAUUAUAGAAGCAAAGUUGAAUGAUGAGAGCUUAAAUAAGAGUUCUCUGUGCAAAACAAGAGAUUUCUAGUAGUUUUGCAGUGAUUAGAAGUGAUAUAAUUCGUUGUAUAUAUAGUAGUAUUUGAUGCAUUGGGUAGUCUUUGUUUAUGUUUCAUUCUUUUUAGUGUACUACUAAA